AGCCAUUUGCACUUGACGGGCGACACACGUCCGUGCACCGCCGAAAAACCGGUUGCGCUGAGCGCGAAACCUCAAAACCCUUCCUUCGCCUGCCGAUGAAGCGUCCCUUCCUUUGGCUGCUGCUCCGUGCCGUCGGGCUCCAUGCCAUGUGGUGCGAGACGAGCGCGCGGACGGGAUGCCGAGGAAAGCCACGGCAGUUGCUGCGAGAGGCACCUCACUUAGGUGCUGUGCAAGCGUUUGACCAUGCCCUGUCACGGGUCAAGACGGACUUUGAUGAGGAGCCCAUUGUGGUGGAUUGGGACCGCGAUGGUGAUUGGGACCUGCUCGUGAGAACGCAAGACGAGCUCAAGUAUUUUGAAAUGAGGCCAGAUGGCGAGUUUGUGCAGCUGGAGCCAAAUCCCUUCAAGGAUGUUGAAAGCCCCUUCUUGUGUCGCCCAGCCUUGGUGGAUUGGAAUGGCGACGGGCGCCUUGAUGUGCUUGUGGCAUCCGUAGACGGGAUCCGCUACUAUGAAAAUAUGCCGGGCAGCCUGGAAGAACGCACCGGAGCUCAGAACCCCUUCAAUUUCAUUGCCGGAGGGAAUAUUUGUGGAGACUUGGCCGUUGCGGAUUGGGACGGUGAUGGAGACUUGGACUUGCUGCUGGUCUACGCACUUAGCAAGAUGAGGUACUUCGAGCAAGUGAAUGGCAGCCUGCACCUGGUGAAUGAUCAGGAAAGUCCCUUUCAAACAGUCCUGAACCAAACACUUCAUCAACGUCCCUUGCUGGCAGAUUGGAAUGACGAUGGCCGGAUGGAUCUUCUUCUGAUGGCUAAAGUCUUCCAGUGGUACACAGGCGGAUUUUCUUGUUCCGUGCUGGUGCAUCUACAGCUGGAGUCUGGUUUGAGCUUGGAAUGGUUCGAUUUGAGCCCAACCUGCGAGCUGUCCAAGGGCUUCAAGGGAUCAGGUUUGUCCUUAGUUGAUAUCGACGGCGAUGGUGAUCUCGAUGCGGUCUUUGGAAGCAUGAAUGCUCCGCUCCAUGCUUUGGAGCACAAGGUUGUUAAUGGCAACCAUUUCUUGGAAGAGCCUGCCCGAACUCAGACCUCAAGCUCCUUUUACCUCAGUGAGAUUGACCUGGGCAAUGUGGUUGACCACGGGUAUGUAGAAAACAAUUUCAAGCCGAUUCUAGCCGACUGGGACAUGGAUGGAGACUUGGACUUGGCAUUGAUUCACCCAAAAUCCUCGCGUUUCUUCGAGCAUCAAAGCGAUGGAAAAGUGAUUGAGAUCAGUGAGCCGCCUUCCAACUAUUCAUGCCCUAUUGCCUGGCGACACUAUUUCAGCAUGACUGACUUUGAUGGCGAUGGUUUGCUGGAUUUGCUUGGCUUUGGCUCCAAUGUCAAGCCCAUCGUGUGCCGAAGGGUUGGUUCCGACUUUGUCUUCAUGCCGGCUGAGAGCACUUUGAUGUUGGAAGGCUUUCGGGAAGGUUUCGGAGCUUCCGCGUUUCUAGUAGGCUUCCCGACUUUCUUGGAUUGGGACGGAGAUGGAGAUGUGGACAUUCUGAAGCUUGAGGGCAACAAACUCUGUUUGCAAGAGCAACUCUCCAAUGGAACUUUCCAUGCUCGGCUGCUUCCCGUGCCCAUGGCUCGCGAUUUCUUUGCAGUGGACUUUGAUGGAGAUGGGGAUGUUGAUCUUAUGAUGUCUUUGGCCAAUGACAAAGGCUGCAUUUACUUUGAGCGGAAAGGUGAUGGGAGUCUUCAAAAGCACUCGGGCGCCGAUAACCCCUUUCACGCUGCGUGUGCUGUUCCGGGUACUUUGACGUUCUUGUCGACCUUGGGCGACUGGAAUGAAGAUGGAGAGGUGGACGCCAUUGUGGUGCAUGAGAAGAUCAACCUGUGGCACAACCGGGGAAUGAAUGAGUUCAUUGCUUACACGAAGCCGCUUCAAGAGCUCAGCUUCCCUGAAGCAGCGCUCCACUCGCUGCCGCGUGUGAGCUUGGUGGAUGUAGAUCACGACGGAGACCUGGAUCUUGUGGUGCCGCCACAGAAUAUUGUGGCACAGCUUGGAGUGGUUCACUACAGGUACUACGAACGUUUGGACAAUGGGGCAUUAGAGGAGCGCUUUGGUACUGACAAUCCCUUUCACCGAGCACCACAAGGGGACUGGGAUCUUUGGGCGACUCUCUUUGGCAGCCACAUGAUUGUAGAUAUGGACGGUGAUGGGGACCUGGAUAUUGUCCGUGGCCCCUUGCAGUAUGCACGGCAAGAAGCGGAUGGACGCUUUGUGUUCCUUGAAGGCGAUGAAAACCCAUUCAAGGGCAUUUCUCCUGGGCCUUGGGAUUGUUGGACUUUGGUGGAUUGGGACGGGGAUGGCGACAUGGACUUUGUUUUGGUGGAAAUUUCCGAGCAACCGCGUGGCAACAUUACUAAUGACGACCUCGUGUCUGGCAGAGUGUCCAUCGAGGAGUAUGUGGCAGCCCUGCAACAGCGUGGGAACAUUACUUUGGACGACCUCGUGUCUGGCAGAGUGUCCAAGGAGGAGUAUGUGGCAGCGGCAGCGAGUCGCCUUCGGUUCUUCGAACAGUCCAACUCGAGCUUCACCGAACUGGUCGGGGCGGCCAAUCCCUUGGUGUUGGAAGUGACCAGCGAUUUGAUCGGCUCGUUGUGCCCAAGCUUUGUGGACCUGGAUGAAGAUGGAGACCUAGACUUGAUCUUGGAAAACCCGGAUGCGGCCUUGAUCUACUACGAGCACGGUGUGGACGGCCAAUUCACUCUGAAAUCCCCAAAUCCCUUCGCAGGCGUGUCCAUCAGCACAAGGCCAAACCGCAGAAACAGGGCACGUGCUUCUUUUUUUGUGGACUGGGAUGGCGAUGGAUUGCUGGAUCUUGUGAACUUCGAAGGCACCGAUGUGCAGUACUUCCAGCGUGGCGUUUGCGAGCCUGAAGUUUCCUACUGCAGCCUGGGCGUAUGCAAGCAACAGGCCUUGGCCUCGUCCUACAAAUGUCAGUGCCUUGCUGGCGCAGUAGGGGACGAUUGCAGCUUGUGUGGUCAUUACCAUGUGCGUGAAGGCAAGAUCUGCAAGAAGUGCCCAGGCUACAUGACCCUGGCCGGAACCUGCAGUCGGCGUGGAGUGUGUGAGGAUGAUGCAGAUGCCAGGGCUCACCAGGAGGCUUCGAAUGAGUCGGGCUUCACCGUCCUCUCCGCCCUGGGCACCGGCCGAUGCACGUGCUCGGCUCCCUUCUUUGGCCUUGGCUGCCGUGGGGGUGCUUGCCCUCCUGGACAGCGUUUGGACCGCAAUGCGCGAACGGAAGCCACGAGCGUGAAAUAUCCCAGUUGGGAAGCCUGUGUGCCUUGCGAGCCAGGGCGCUACAAAAACCGCACGGGGAAUGAGGAGUGCUACAUUUGUCCUGUUGGCCUCAUCUCCUCCUCUUCCGGUGCCACCAGCUGUGAGCCUUGCCCGCCCGGCUUCUUCCCGACGUCCGACCGACAAAGCUGCCGCCGCUGCGAUGCCGGCUACGUGGCGGAGCCGGGCGACGGCAGCUGCACGCCCUGUCGGGCUGGCACUGCGCCGGAUGCGGACAAGGCUCGGUGUGCCACUUGCUCAUCUGGCCGUUUUGCCCUGGAGCGCUCGCCAGAGUGCAGUUAUUGUCCUGAAGGCUUUAUUCCCAAUGAGUUCAAAAGCGGUUGCGGGAUGUGCAGCGAUCAAAGCUUUGCAUUUGAGGGAGAUGACAGGUGCCAGACCUGUUUCUUUCCAUUGCUUGUGAUGGGCGUCGUGGAUUCAAACUUGUGCUCUCCAGUCUACAGCAUUGUGUUUCUGCUGGUUUUCCUGCUCUUGAUGAUGUUUGUCAUCUUAAUGUGCAGUUGUGCGCGCUUCUGGUCUUUCCGACGCCGUUUGGAUCGGCUGGUGCAAGCACAAAACUGGAAGGACUUGCAUUCCCUGCAGACCCAUUGUGCCUAUGGCUUUUGUAAAGGGAAGGUGCAGCGAGAGCUAGCAGCACGCAAGGAGCAGGUCAAGACUGAAUCACUCAAGCUUGGAGUCUCUUUGACGUAUGUCCUUGGGCGGUUCGAGACCGACUACGACGAAAGGGCAACAAACCAGGCAGUGACUUGGAAGUGGCACCAGGACGAUCAUUGCAAAUGUGAAUUCACCAAGAAUGGUUUCUUUUCCUUCAAGCGCACAGAGAACCCCGAUAUCAGUGAGGCUCAGCUGGAGGUGUUGUGGAGCCAGCUGCCAGAGUGUCCUCCUCCCGAAACUCCCAACUUCCACCAAGUGGCGAGCGUCCUGGCAUAUGGGCCUUGGGCCCUGAGCAAGGAUCUUUGGUGCCCUCGUGAUGGGGAGAGGGAUUGCAGCAUGGUGGAUGCACUGCGCCUAAACGAGAACAGUGCGAAGGCGAAUUGGUUUUUGUCAUGGGUUUGGAGCUACAAGCUCGAGGACGUCAAGAAGGCCUUGAAUAGAUGGUUCGAGAGACAUACAACAGUGACCGAAGAAAGGGACAGCGAGAUCUACAUUUGGUGGUGCAUGUUCGUGAACAACCAGUUCAGAAUGUUGGAGCACAACAAUCAAGCCCUGGAGCCCGAAAAGCUCUUUAGCAUUUUUGGUGAGCAGUUGAAAGGCAUCGGGAAGAUGCUGAUGUGCUUCGACAAGCUCAAAGAAUGUGCGUAUCCCAAGCGCAUCUGGUGUAUCUUCGAGGUCUUUACAGCUACCCACUCGAGUAUUCCGACCACGGUGAUCUUACCCGACGUCGCCGGUGCGGACGUGAGCACCUUGCAGGACUUGACGCAGGUGUGUCACGUGGACGCAGAGAAGGCCACGGCAACUGUAGAAACUGACGCGGUGACCAUCAAGGAGCACAUCAUAAAGAAGCAAAAAGGCUACGAGCACGUGAACCAGAAAGUGGAGAAGGAACUUUUGGCCGAAGUCAUCCACUACCUCGAGGCCCAGCGCGCCCCUGUGGCACCUACCGUGGCACCUACUGCGCGUGCCGCUCACACGACGUCCGCAGCUUCUGCCGCUUCUGCCGCGAGGGGCGCAUCGGAAUCCACGGAUGAGCUUGUGAAACCUCCAAGUUGGACACAGUGCAACCUGCAGUGAAUUGGGCAGUAUAUUUUAGUACCGGGGCCUAAGUGAUCCCGGAUGGCUAGUACAGGUGCUUCUCUUAUAUGAAGCAAUGUGUGCUGGGGCCGUUUGGAAACCCAGUUGUUUGGGCGCCUGCUCAGCUUCUUGCGCAAGAGUCGAUCUUGCAACAAGAGCUUGACAAGGCGUUGGCUGAGCGUCCCACACGCCCUCGUGCAGAAAAAGGGUAUGUAAAGAAAAUUUGUGUGGGUGACGUUUGGCUGUAUUCUUGUCGCGAGCCAGCAUGCGUUGAUGGUUGCUGGAUGCCACCUGCGUG